AUGUCACGUGAUAAACUGUUAACUUUAUCUGAUGUCGCAAAUCGAGCAUUUUAUGAUGGAAAUUUUGAAAAAGCUUUAACACUUUAUAAUGAAGCAAUUCAAUUACAUCCCACUAAUUUCAUUCUAUAUUCCAAUCGUUCCGCUAUUUUUUUCCGCCUUAGAUAUUUCCACCAGUCAUUGGCUGAUGCUCAGCAAGCGUUAGCAUUAAAUCCUAAAUGGGCAAAGGGUUAUUUGCGGAAGGGUAAUGCUCUACGUGGUAUUGGAGAAUUUGAUAAAGCAAUUUUUGCAUACUGCCAAAGUUUGGCAAUUGAAAAUGAAAUUGAAACAAUUGAUACAUUAAAAGAUGGAUUAUGUUAUAGCUCAAUCAAAAAUCAUUUAUCAAUAUUACUCAACAAAAUUGGAACUGAUAUAAAUGGAGUGAAAUUGAAUGCAUUCUUAAUUAUUAGCAUAAUUGGUCAAGAAUAUUUGAUCACUGGUUAUAUAACUGAAGCAAUUACAUUGCUUCAAUUAGCACUAGAUAUGAAUGAAGCUAAUGUAGCAUCAUUGAGCUCAAGACUGUCAGUGCUCGGUGCUAUUUCAUUUGCAUAUUAUCAACAAAAAAAUUAUCAACAAGCAAUCAAAUAUUUAGACAUGCAACUUGAAAUCAGUGAAUUAGAAAAACAGUCAACAAUUUAUAGCACAAUUGUACGAAUCGCAUUACUAAACGAUGAAACCAUGCUUGCAAUUAGCUAUCUUCGAAAACAAAUUCAAUUAAAUCUUUCUAAUGGCAUGGAAGCAAAUUAUUUGCGGCUUAAUCUUGCUGAUUUAUACAUUCAACUUGGUGAUUAUCAACAUGCAUUACAAAUUAUUGCAUCAACUGAACCUUCGACAUUUCGAAGUAUUCUCGAAAUUGUAAAAUUGGCAUUAGCUAAGAGUGAUAGCGAAGUAGCAUUAACCUAUUGCAAAAGAUUGGAAAAGAUAAGCGAUACUGUGAAUGAGAAACUUUUCGCAACACUGUUGAAAUGUAAAUGUCUUCUACUACGGAAAGAAACAGUUAUAGCUUUGAAAAUUCUACAAAAUACUACGGUAAAUUUCGAGAAUGGCGAAAUAACGACGGAAAUUAUUGGGCAAUAUUUUGGUACUUUGAGCGAAUGUUACUUGGCCAUGGGACAAUAUUUUAUGGCAAGAAAAUGGGCCAAAAAGGAGCUAAAAAUAGCAGCCAAUACCGGAUCAUUGAAGUUGGAAGCUGAUGCGUUAAAGAAUUUAUCGAAUAUUUAUCAAGCAAUUGGUGAUUAUUUAAAUGCUGUAAUUCUAUGGAACAAAUAUUGCGGCAUUAUUUCAGAUCAAGGCGUUGAUAUUCGCCUUAAUGGUUUACGCAAAUUAGCCGAAUUGUAUCAGAAAUUAAACCGGUCUAAUGAAGCUGAAAUGGCGCUAUUGAAAAAUUUAAAACUAGCCCAGAAAAUUGGGGCUUAUGCAUUAAUGAUCGAUUCACACAGCGAUAUAUAUCAAUUUUAUCGAGCAAUGCAUAAAAAGGAUGAAGCAAAAAAGUAUUGGAAUGAAGCACAACAAAUAUAUUUGGAGCAUAAAGUGGAAGAACGACAAGCUUUAAUUGUUGAAAUGAGUGGCGAUAAUUAUUUCGAUUGUGCUUUCUACGAGGAAGCCAUCGAUGCUUACAAUCGUUGUUUGAUGCUUGUGCAAGAAGAUGAUAAUCUUCCGAAAGAAGCUAAAGUUAUAUUUUAA